UCGAGUGCUAUCACUAUCAGUUUAAUGACUCAGUGACGUCAGGUGCUGAUAAAUAGGCGCGCUCGCGGCCAGAUAAAAAUACGGACGUCCAUUCCUGGUGCGCGCCCUCGCAGUUCCUCUCUCACACACACAGCAGAACUCAAAACCAAAACACAAAGUCGUUUCUUCACAGCAGCAAAAUGAGAGACCGUUUGGCCGAGUUGCAGAAAAACAUGGUUGAGGAGCAGGGCAACGACAACGCAGAGAGCGACGUCCUUAUUCAAAUCUCUAAAGAGCCCGCACCAAGCACAAUGACAGAGUUUUUCGCAGAGGUUAGUUCAAUAAGAGAAAAUUUGGAAUUAAUUGAGAAAGAAGUAAAAAACCUCGUCCUAAUCCACCGUACCAUCAUUGAAGCACCAAGACCCUCUGAAAUGUCUAAAAUGCAGGCGGAUAAUGCUGUGGAAACUGCUAGAGCACUGGCAAUGAAAACCUCAAUAAAAAUAAAAGCAUUGUCUUCCAAAAUGCCUGCACAACAAACGUCCUCCUCUGCAAGAAUAUUGGCCGUCCAUGAGAGCACGCUGGGGAUGCAAUUGAGGCGAGUGAUGGAAUCUCUAUAUCAGGAACAGGAGCGGCAUAAAGAAAAAUCAAGAGAGAUGCUGAAGCGGCAACUGAAAAUAGUGCGGACGUCUUGGGAGUCACGUGGCGAAUCAAUGACAGAAGAUCAACUGGAGCAAAUGAUCGAAAAUGGGCAAUCAGUCUUUACAGGAAAUAUAAUGUUGCAAACUUUGGAGGCUAAGAGAGAAUUGGAGGAUAUUCAAAACAGGCACGAUGAUUUGAUUGCGUUGGAAAAGAGCAUCGCCGAAGUGCACGCCUUAUUUGUUGAGAUUUCACUAUUGGUUCAAAAUCAGGCAAAAACUAUUGACAAUAUAGAGGUCCACGUUAUGAAAGGGCAAGAUUAUGUUGCUGAAGGAAGGAAGCAAGUGCAGGAAGCGGAGAAAAAGCAAACCUCCUCUCGCAAGAAAAAGAUCUUUUGCUCUGUUAUAGCAGUUGUUGUGGUCAUCAUACUCAUUCUAGUUUUGAUUUUUCUUGUGCCUUAAUUAAAACGCAUUUUGAGAUUAAAUAUAAAAAGCUUUAAAUUUAUUAAACUAAUUUUUCUUCCUUGAUUUCAACCUUAGGCAAGUAUCUCUCUUCAGCCUCUUUGAGCUCUUCGUCGCCUUGCAGUCGGAAAACUUCUUUUACUGGAACAACCUAUUUAAAUAAUAUAAUGUAGACAAGAAGUAACAAAAAUUCAAAAAUACUUCAUUCUCAACAUUAAUAAGUGACUGUUGCUCAAAUAUUUUGGCACUUGUCUCCUGCAUUGCUCUCGUCGCCGCUCGCAUGUUGUGGUUGGCCCAAAUCACAGUGGACACUCCAACGUGCUUGAAUUUCUCAGUCGGCACUUUGUAGUACUUGGUAGGGACAAUAACCACUGGUGCCUUUUAAACAUGAUUUCCAAUUAUUUUCUUAAUUAUUAAUUUUCUAUACUUUAUUGUUCCAAUGCCUCAUAAACGCCUCAAUAUCGGCCAGAUCGCUCCUUUUGCUGUGCACUAGAAUGGCGUCAGCGCCUGCUGUGACACAAAAUUCUGCCCUCCGAAGGGCCUGUUCCAGACCCCAACCGGCGAUAAAGGCUUCCAUUCUUGCCACCACGCAAAAAUCAGGAUCAGUUUGAUGAUCUUUACAUGCCUAAACAAGUUCUUUAUGAUAUUGAAUAAAUUCAAAUUGUUUCAAAAAAUUAGUGACUUAUUAU